AUGCCGCGCGCUUGGAGCCCGGACAAGCACCGAGCCCGGGCGGAGCGGCCGCGCCGGCGCCCAGAGCUCCACGUGACAACGCUCCCCACACUUAUCGCCACCGCUCCCCGCACUCCCCCCGCGCCUCCGUUAGGCCCUCUACGACGAACCUCCCGUCCGCCGCCGCGCCGGACAACAUCUUUCAGAUGCACAAUCGUCAGCCAUCAAUUAACUCUUCGACAUAGGUUCGAUUUGUUGGUCGGAAUUGGGACGCAGGUGGCCUGGAGCAAGGAGGCUGUGUGCGCGCGCAGUGGUGGCAGCGCCUGUAAGGGCCGGACGGCAGUCGGCAUGCGGCGCGCGCGGAGCGUUACUGGCCCGUUACGGCGGGCCCACCCCGCCUCGGGCGCCACCUGGAACGUCCAGGUGGUAAAAGGCAAGAUGAGCUCGCAGUGUUUAUGGCACGCCUGCCGAGCUCUCUCCGCCGGCCUACUGUUGAUGUUGUUAGGGGCAGCUAUGGCAGUCAUCGGAUACUACGCAGACACUUUAUCUGUGGCGCAGGAGAUCCGCGGCAAUGCUACAGUGUCAGUGAAAGAUGAAGCGCGUGGAUUUCACCUCAACAAUCUUUCUUAUGCAGGGCCUAUUGUUAUGGGCUUUGGAGGAUUCAUCGUAGUGGCGGCUUGUGUGAUGACGUUCGAGGCUCGUGACAGCGCGGCUAAGGUGACACCCGCGCGCCCUCAAGCACUGCCCCGACCGGUACCACGACGGGGCCCGCCAUGCGCCGCACCCGCUAGGCUCGAUCAACUAGGUACUUAACUUACCAUACCUGCCCUGCGAUUCUCUAAAAAUCCAGACCCGAGUCAAAAAAGUCCGAAAGUCUAUUGAUUCCAUUCUAUUGAUUCCAUUUUUUAUAUAAAAUUACAAAACAAAACCGAUUGAAUAUUAUAUUCUUUGUCAUUUCGAAACUCAUUUCACUUAUGCCACAAAACGUUAUUACCGUUUUAAGGUUGAGCGGAUGCCGCUUUUUGAAGUUAAUUUGGACACCUGAGUGAAUUUGAAUUCGAAUUUUUACAGAAUCUAGUAAGUAGUGCUCAACUAAAUUCAUCAAUUUAUUUUAUUAAUUAUGGACAAUGA